CUCUAAUAAUAUGGUAUUUGGAUUCCUUUAGCUUCGUUUGUUUUUAAUUUUUGUCGUCAACAAUGGCCAGCGAGGACCUAUUUGAGCAUGAAUUCUCUGAGGAACAAGGCUUGGAGCUUCAGCAGGCCAUGGAGACUGAGGCGGAAGAGCUGGGGGAAACAGAGGAGCCCUUGGAUAUCACAGAAGACCCGCCGGAAAAUCCUGAUGCGGAAUUUCCAGCAGAACCAAUUGCAGAUAAGCCAGUGACGAAUGGCCACAAGGCCCCUGCUGAUCACGAAGCCAAGAUGACACAACUGCCGCUGGCGAGGAUACGGAACAUAAUGAAACUGGAUCCGGAUCUGCAUAUGGCCAACAAUGAAGCCGUUUUCAUAGUGGCCAAGGCAGUGGAACUAUUCAUAGCCUCGUUGUCCCGGGAAUCAUAUACUUACACGGCGCAGUCCAAAAAGAAAACCGUACAAAAGAGGGACGUGGAAAUGGCCAUUUCUGCUGUGGACAGUUUGAUGUUCCUUGACGGAGCCAUGAACUUCUAAACACCCAAACGUAACAGGAAGCCCGCAAAUGAAACUGAAUGCGUCGAUUAUACUUUUCUUUAUUUAGGGAUAUUCAGCGGCAAACACAUUCAGUUCUAAACGUCCUAAUGGUUUUAUGUUAAAAAUAAUAUUUAAGUUAUAAAACAAUUGUUGAUUCGCAAAGAAAACAAACAAAACAGAAAUCAUAAUUAUAAACGACAACGUUUAACGUUUCACAAUA